AUGACCAAGGGCUCCGUCGUCGUCGAACCGGACAUCCUUCUUCGGUUCUCUGCGCUUCAUCGGCUGCUACGCGUUACGGCUUGGUGUCGUCGAUGGCUCAACGUGGCGAGCCGGGAGGUCACACCUGGUUGUCCACUACACCCCGACGAGCUGGACGCCGCCCUACUCCAGUGGCUUCGAGUAGUACAGGCGCUCCACUUCCCGGACGAGAUAGCUGCUGCCACCGCAGGACGCUCCGGCCCACCACGCAGUUCACUGAUCAAGCUGAAUCCGUUCAUCGACGACCAAGGUGUACUGCGCGUUGGAGGACGUCUCAAACACGCACUGCUGCCCUACGACGAGAAGCACCCGGUGAUCAUACCGCCGGCCUCCUGGAUGACGCGACUGCUGAUCGAGUCCUGCCAUCGUCGCUCUCUGCACGGCGGCGUCCAGAUGACACUCGGUCUGCUUCGCCUUCGAUUCUGGGUACCACGCGGAAGGACCGUCGUCAAGCAGCAACUGCAUCGGUGCGUCACUUGCACUCGCUGGCGCGCUGCCACGCCACAGCCUCCAAUGGGCCACCUUCCUCGGGACCGAGUGACGCCAACUCGACCUUUCUUGAGCACUGGACUGGACUACGCGGGACCAAUUUCCAUCCGGACCAGCAAAGGACGCGGACACCGCUCACAGAAAGGAUACAUCGCGGUCUUCGUCUGCUUUUGGUCGAAGGCCAUCCACCUCGAGGUCGUCUCGGAUUACAGUUUCGAGGCCUUCAUCGCCGCCUUACGCCGCUUCGUCUCUCGCAGAGGACUGUGUACGGACGUCUACAGCGACUGCGGCACAACAUUCGUUGGCGCCGAUCGCACCCUGCGGGAGCUCUUCAAGGCGUCGACCUCCGAGGGCCUUCACAUCGCCCGCGCCGCCAACACUCAAGGGAUCCGCUGGCAUUUUAAUCCGCCAGCGGCCCCUCACUUCGGUGGUCUUUGGGAGGCUGCCGUGAAAUCCACGAAAUUUCACCUCCGCCGAGUAAUCGGCGACACCACGCUCACUUUUGAGGAGCUUAGCACACUCCUCACACAAAUCGAGGCGUGUCUUAAUUCUCGUCCGUUGCAGGCUCUGUCAGACGAUCCAGACGACACUUCAGCACUCACUCCAGGGCACUUCAUCAUCGGCGCGCCUCUAUUAGCUAUACCUGAGCCGUCACGGAUCGGACAAUCAUCAUCCACGCUGUCACGCUGGCAUCACCUGCAGCUGAUGCGAGACCAUUUUUGGCAGCGGUGGUCGGCUGAGUACGUGCACGGGCUCAACCCCCGCACCAAAUGGGUCAAGGCCGAGGCCGCACCUCACGUCGGGGACCUUUGCAUCAUCCGCUCGGAGCUCACCCCUCCGACUCGAUGGCCUCUUGCAAGGAUCACGAGACUGCAUCCCGGGGACGACGGUGUCGUCCGCGUGGUCUCAGUACGCACCGCCACGUCCGAAUUCGUACGCCCGAUCGUUAAAUUGGUCAUGCUCCCGGGCGCGGAUCGUAUUCCGGACACGAAUAACGCGGGCACGCCGUCCGCCGGCACGUAA